AUGGAUGAAGAGUUGCAACUUAGAAAGGACCAAGAAAGAUUUACUAGGGCACGAGAUGGAACAAUCCUAUUUCAGGGCAGAAUUUGGGUACCUAAGGAUUCAGAACUAAAGAGACUGAUACUAGAGGAAGCUCACAAAAGUAACCUAACUAUCCAUCGUGGAUCUACCAAGAUGUACCAAGACCUUAAGAAAAAUUAUUGGUGGCCAGGUAUGAAGGUUGAUGUGACUACUUUUGUGGGUCAAUGCCUAACUAUCCAUCCUGGAUCUACCAAGAUGUACCAAGACCUUAAGAAAAAUUAUUGGUGGCCAGGUAUGAAGGUUGAUGUGACUACUUUUGUGGGUCAAUGCCUAACUUGCCAAAAGGUGAAAAUAGAACAUCAGAGACCAGCAGAUCCUAGCUUUCAUUUGCAUUUGACUGAUGGUCAAACCGAAAGAACCAUUCAGACUCUAGAGGAUAUGCUGAGAGCUUGCAUUUUAGAGGAAGGAGGAAACUGGGAUACACAUUUGCCUCUGGUAGAGUUUUCCUACAACAACAGUUACCAUGCCAGCAUUGGCAUGACACCUUACGAGGCUUUGUAUGGAAGAAAAUGUAGGACACCGUUAUGUUGGUCAGAAAUAGGGGACAAGGGGAUCUUAGGUCCUGAAGUUAUCCAAGAGACCACUGAAAUGAUUAAGGUAAUUAAGGAUAAAUUAAAGAUAGCCCAAAGCAGGCAAAAGAGCUAUGCUGAUAUCAGGAGAAGACCUUUAGAGUUUGAGGAAGGAGAUCAUGUUUUUUUGAGAGUUACCCCGCCAUUGGCAUUGGAAGAGUGCUAA